GAUCUGCCCAACCUACCACUCCUCCUUCUCCCAUCAUUCUCUGCCAACCGCUUGGGACUGAAGGGUUCUUUUCAGAGCUACAAGAGUCUUGGAACGUCAAGUUCGGCUGAUCCCUCCAGCGACGUGAUCAGUGCCCAAGAGUUUGGGGCGUUCCUUGGUCGCGCGCUGAACCUAGACGACCUGCGACACCACCAUGGCGGCGCCCAUGGACUACGAGGCUCUCAAGGAGCAAUGGAGCGAUGUGGAAGAGCGCGAUGGAGUUCGUCUGAGCUGGAAUGUUUUUCCUAGCUCUAGGAUGGAAGCCUCACGACUCGUGGUGCCUAUCGGAGCUCUGUACACACCACUCAAGGAGAAGCCAGAGUCCCCUCUGCUACAGUUCGAACCAGUCACUUGCAAACAGCCAUGCCGCUCAGUGCUGAACCCCUUCUGCCAGGUCGACGUUCGGGCGCGUCUCUGGAUCUGCCCAUUCUGCUUGUCCCGCAACGCCCUCCCGCCGCACUACAAGGAUAUUUCCGCCAACGCGAUCCCUCCCGAGCUUCACCCCUCGAACACGACGAUCGAGUACCGGCUUGCCAGGCCUGCGCCCAGCCCCCCAAUCUUCCUAUAUGUCGUCGACACGUGCCAGGAGGAGGACAGCCUGGCGGCGCUCAAGGAGUCUCUUAUCAUGAGCUUGAGCCUGCUGCCUGAGAACGCCCUGGUCGGCCUGAUCACCUACGGUACCAUGGCGCAGGUUCAUGAGAUUGGCUACACCGAGUGUGCCAAGUCCUAUGUCUUCCGCGGGAGCAAGGAGUACUCCGCGAAGCAGGUCCAGGAGAUGCUGGGUCUGUCCCAGCCCGCCCUUCGACCCGGCGUGCAGCCUCAGCCCGGCAGACCUAUGCCUAUGGGUCCUGCCGCUCGGUUCUUGCUGCCCGUCUCCCAGUGCGAGUUCAACCUCACCAAGGCCCUGGAGCAGCUGCAGAAGGACCCUUGGCCCGUUGCCAAUGACCGCAGGAACCUCCGCUGCACAGGUGUGGCGCUCAGCGUCGCUGUUGGGUUGCUGGAGACCUCGUUCCAGAAUGCUGGCGGGCGCAUCAUGCUGUUCGCUGGUGGCCCAGCCACGGAGGGGCCUGGCAUGGUCGUCGGCGCUGAGCUGAGAGAGCCGAUGCGGUCUCACCACGAUAUCGACCGGGACAACAUUAAGUACUAUAAGAAAGCGCUCAAGUUCUACGACAACCUGGCCAAGAGGACCGCGCACAACGGUCAUAUCAUCGACAUCUUUGCCGGUUGCCUGGACCAGGUCGGUCUAUUGGAGAUGAAGGGACUGUCCAACUCGACCGGCGGACACAUCAUCCAGACGGACAGCUUCACAUCGUCCAUGUUCAAGCAGUCGUUUGUGCGGAUGUUUGACAAGGAUGAGGAUGACAACCUCACCAUGGGCUUCAACGCUGUUCUGGAGGUUCUGACCACCAAGGAGCUCAAAGUCACCGGCCUCAUCGGCCACGCCGUCUCCCUCAACAAGAAGUCGACGUCUGUGGGCGAGACAGAGUGCGGCAUCGGCAAUACCUGCUCCUGGAAGAUGUGCGGCAUCGACCCCACUGCCAGCUACGGUGUAUACUUCGAGAUCGCUGGCCAGGGCGGUCCCGCGCAAGUCCAGCAGCCCAACCGGGGCAUGAUGCAGUUCUUGACGUACUACCAGCACUCUUCUGGUCAGUUCCAUCUCCGUGUGACCACCGUCGCGCGGAACAUGAGCGGGCCAGCUGGCGACCCGGCGAUUGCACAGUCCUUCGACCAGGAGGCUGCUGCUGUCCUGAUGUCCAGGAUUGCCGUCUUCAAGGCUGAGGUGGACGACGGCCCAGACGUCCUGCGCUGGGUCGAUCGCAUGCUUAUCAGGCUCUGCUCGAGAUUUGCCGACUACAGAAAAGACGACCCAUCGUCCUUCCGCUUGGAAAAGAACUUCACUCUCUAUCCACAGUUCAUGUUCCAUCUUCGGAGGAGUCAGUUCUUGCAGGUCUUCAACAACUCUCCCGAUGAGACGGCUUUCUACCGCCAUGUGUUGAACCAUGAGGAUGUAAGCAACUCGCUCAUCAUGAUACAGCCCACCCUCGACUCGUACACGUUCGACCAGGACGAAGGCUCGCCCGUGUUGCUUGACUCCACUUCUAUACAACCGCAGCACAUCCUGCUGCUCGACACGUUCUUCCACAUCCUCAUCUUCCACGGUGAGACCAUUGCAGAAUGGAGGAAGGCAGGGUAUCAGGAACAAGAAGGGUAUGAGAACUUCGCGGCACUAUUGGAGAAGCCCAAGGAAGAUGCAAGGGAUCUCAUUACCGACCGCUUCCCUCUCCCUCGGUUCAUUGUGUGCGACGCAGGUGGUUCUCAGGCUCGUUUCCUUUUGUCGAAAUUGAACCCUUCUACCACGCACACAACAGGAGCAUACGGAGCACCCGCCCAGAGCGCGCAGACCAUCUUCACAGACGACGUGUCUCUGCAGACAUUUAUGGAUCACCUGAUGAAGCUUGCCGUCAGUGGGACAAAUUAGCAUAUGUGCCGGGGUUACUUGGUGUGUGACUGCAAGAGAGACUGGGCGUGGGUUGGUGUUUUGGAGGAGGAGCCUUGAUUGUAAUAUGAAUCGAAAAAGUCUUGGUCAAAAUG